CGGGGACGGCUAACAGCGCCGUUCCGACCAUCGCGUGGCGCGCGGGCCGCGUGGCGACCACGAUGGACGGUGGAGGGGAAUAUGGCUACAGCGGCACCGUCAAGUUUUGGCACGCACACAAGGGCUUUGGCUUUAUUGAGGGGAGCGCUCUCGACCAGGAUGUAAUGUUUUCACACAACGAGUUGAUGCUUGGCUGGAAGAGAUAUGGGACACGUGUGCCCCAGAUUGUGGACGCGUGCACCUAGGCAAACGAACAGGGGACCUGCAGGGCGUACAUCAAAGCAAUUGCUUUCUUUUCAGGAACAGCUUUUCCAAGGACACGGUCCAUUUGAAGCAAAACCAGCAGCAGGGCCUUGAGAAAGCCACAGUUCUUUCUUAUCGUAUUAAUAUGACGAAUUCGAUCAUAGAGAUGGUCCUUUACCGUUGAUAAAUGAAUAGAGGGAACACCCUCAAGUAGUCCCUCAAGUGUACCACCGAUUGGGCUUCGAUGUCACGAACUCCAUUCCUCUUAGAUUUCUCCUUUGAGUCGCUGCUUCAGUCGCUGAGGCCAGAAGACUGCAAGACGGUGCACGGGGACUUCUUCCGAGGGCGCACGGUGACCUUUCAAGCGCAGCAAGGCGCCGACGGUCGAUUCAAGGCCACGAGCCUGAGCAUUGCCUUCGGCCCCGGGCAGCCGGUGCCCGGGAAGAUCAAAUCCUUCAGCGAAAGAAAUGGAUUUGGUUUCAUCGUGUCCAGCGCCCUCACGCAGGACAUCCGCUUUAACCAGAAUUGUGUGGAAGGUCCUUUCAAUGGAGUGGAGGCCGUCGGACAAUGUGUGAUGGUGGACAUUGCAGCCAAGGCUGAUGGCAAGCUGAGCGCCACGCGGGUGGUCUUCCAACAGCCACAAAGCAUCAAGAUGAACGGCUUGAUCCCCGGCACGCCCUUGAUGCCCGCGCCGGCGCCCUUGGCACCGGUGGCGCAGUCCAGGAGCUAUCUGGACCGAACGCCACCCGUUGGGCUGAACUCCAUGGUGGGUACGGUGAAGAUGUAUAACAUCCGAAGCAACACCGGGAUCCUCAUGGUGUCCGGAUAUGACGGAGAUGUCAGCUUCAGUGCCUCUGAUCCAAACAUCAUGGCAAACGGAAUGGUGUCCUUUACGCCCUUGAACUCUGAGGGGAGGCUAUUGGCCACGAACGUGACACCGAUCGCCAACGUGCAGCCGGCUUUCUCAGGCCGCUCGGCGAUUCCCUCGCGGGCGCCCAGCCUUGGAGGUUCGCCCGCUUUUCAGCGUGCCCUUCACGAAGUAGGCAUCGAAGGUGGCAAGCCUUCGAAGAGACCGCGGACGGAGACACCCACGGGACAAGUGGGAUCUGGAACCAUUCGGAACUUUAGUGAGCAGAGGGGUUUUGGCUUCAUCACCUGCGAAGGCAUUGAUGAAGAUGUGUUCUUUAUGCGAACCGCUCUUCCUGAAGGGCAGCGAGACCUUCAGAAUACCGACCUGCAGAACGCUGCGGUGAACUUCGAGAUUGUGAAGACUUCUGAGGGAAAGUAUCGAGCUCAAAACAUCACCUUCAGCUAGGCCGAGAAACCGGGUGUGAUGACCUCAAACCCUUCA